GCAAAAAGAAAACCAUGCAAGUAAGCAAACUCUAACACAUGUGUAACACACCCUCUCAAGAUAUAAAGGCUUGUCACUGUCCUUGGUAGCAGGCACUCCCUUGGCUAAACAGCAUCACCAUGUCUGUUCGAUACAGCUCAAGCAAGCACUACUCUUCCCAUACCCAGGGAGGAGGAGGAGGAGGAGGAGGAGGUGGCGGCUCAUCCUUCAGAAUUUCGAGCAGCAAAGGCUCCCUUGGUGGAGGAUUUAGCUCAGGGGGGUUCAGUGGUGGCUCUUUUAGCCGUGGAAGCUCUGGAGGCUGCUUGGGAGGCUCAUCAAGUGGCUAUGGAAUAUCAGGAGGUUUUGGUGGAAGUAGCUUUGGUGGAGGCUAUGGAAGUAGCAGCUUUGGUGGGGGUUAUGGAGGAGGCAGUUUUGGUGGUGGCAGCUUCAGUGGGGGCAGCUUUGGUGGAGGUGGCUUUGGAGGAGGCUUUGGAGGAGGCUUUGGUGGUGGAUUUGGAGGAGAUGGUGGCCUUCUCUCUGGAAAUGAAAAAGUAACCAUGCAGAAUCUGAAUGACCGCCUGGCUUCCUACUUGGACAAAGUUCGGGCUCUGGAAGAAUCAAACUAUGAGCUAGAAGGCAAAAUCAAGGAAUGGUAUGAAAAGCAUGGCAACUCACGCCAAGGGGAGCCUCGUGAUUACAGCAAAUACUACAAAACUAUCGAUGACCUUAAAAAUCAGAUCCUCAACCUAACAACUGAUAAUGCCAAUAUCCUGCUUCAGAUCGACAAUGCCAGGCUGGCAGCUGAUGACUUCAGGCUGAAGUAUGAGAAUGAGGUAGCCCUGCGCCAGAGCGUGGAGGCUGACAUCAACGGCCUGCGUAGGGUGCUGGAUGAGCUGACCCUGACCAAGGCUGACCUGGAGAUGCAGAUUGAGAGCCUGACUGAAGAGCUGGCCUAUCUGAAGAAGAACCACGAGGAGGAAAUGAAAGACCUUCGAAAUGUGUCCACUGGUGAUGUGAAUGUGGAAAUGAAUGCUGCCCCAGGUGUUGAUCUGACUCAACUUCUGAAUAACAUGAGAAGCCAGUAUGAACAACUUGCUGAACAAAACCGCAAAGAUGCUGAAGCCUGGUUCAAUGAAAAGAGCAAGGAACUGACUACAGAAAUUGAUAGUAACAUUGAACAGAUGUCCAGCCAUAAAACUGAGAUUACUGAAUUGAGACGUACUGUACAAGGUCUGGAGAUAGAACUACAGUCCCAACUGGCCCUGAAACAAUCCCUGGAAGCCUCCUUGGCAGAAACAGAAGGUCGCUACUGCGUGCAGCUAUCACAGAUUCAGGCCCAGAUCUCCGCUCUGGAAGAACAGCUGCAACAGAUUCGAGCUGAAACCGAGUGCCAGAAUAGUGAAUAUCAACAACUCCUGGAUAUUAAGAUCCGACUGGAGAAUGAAAUUCAAACCUACCGCAGCCUGCUAGAAGGAGAGGGAAGUUCCGGAGGCGGCGGACGCGGCAGCGGCUACGGCGGCGGCGGCUACGGCGGCGGCAGCUCCGGCGGCGGCUACGGCGGCGGCAGCUCCGGCGGCGGUUACGGCGGCGGCAGCUCCGGCGGCGGCCACGGGGGCGGUAGCUCCGGCGGCGGCCACGGCGGCGGCGGCUCCGGCGGCAGUUCCGGCGGCGGCUUCGGGGGCAGUUCCGGCGGCGGCUUCGGAGGCAGUUCCGGCGGUGGCUUCGGAGGCGGAAGCUCCAGCGGAGGACACAAGUCAUCCUCUUCCGGGUCGGUGGGCGAGUCCUCAUCUAAGGGACCAAGAUACUAACAAAACAAGAGUAAUCAAGACAAUUAUUGAAGAGGUGGCACCUGACGGUAGAGUCCUUUCAUCCAUGGUUGAAUCAGAAACCAAGAAACACUACUAUUAAGCUGCAUCAAGAGGAAGGAAUCUCCCUUCACGCAGACCAUUAUAUACAGAUGCAUGGAAAACAAAAGUCUCCAAGAAAAUACUUCUGUCUUAAUGGUUUUUGAAAACAGGUUCACGCCGGGAAAAUAAGGUGUCUACACGGUGUUUUGUGGUUUCUGUAUUUUUUCUUUUUACUUUACCAGAAAGUGUUCUGUAAUAAAAAAAAAAAAAAAAAAAACAACUUUCUAUUCUCAUUUACUAAUGAAUUUCAAUAAACUUUCUUACUGAUGCAAACUA